UGACCAUGGACGCCUCGCGUGGUAGGCACUAGGACCUCGCGGAGCGUUUGAUUGGAGCACAUGGUCCUCGCUCAUAAGACAACACUUCUCUUCAGUAAUUGGCCUGGAAUUGAUGUCAUUCCAGUGGGCGACAGAGACAACAGCAGCCUGUGUGUCUGUCAGUGUUUGUCAUCGCUCUCUUCUUCGUUUUCUCCCCAAUUUCUUUACUUUUUUUUUUUUUUUUUUUUUUUUUUUUUUUCUUUUGCUCUCCUUGCGCGCGCGCGAGCUCUGCAGCUUUCCCCCUUGUGUGAAUGGAGAGAGCGCGCGGAGUUGAAUCAGCUGUCGCCGGGAUUUCCUAAAGCUCCAGCUCAUACACUUGAUCAUAUUUCAGGAAGUCACUUUUAUUUUUUAUUUUAUUUUUUUGUUUUGGGGGGGUGGGGUGGCGGCGGUGGUGGAUCUCUGCACAUCAGCUGUUGUGGUGGAGGACUGUGUGAUUUGUGUGAUGGUUGCGCUGCAGUGAAAACACUUGGGCAGACCCAGUCCAAGCUUCAGCCGGGCAUCAUGAAUCCCUGGAGCCGGCCUCUGAACUUUAUUUUGACAGCACUUCAGGCUUUAUCUGUGUCUGUAUGCGUGUGUGACAGCGUGUUCUCCACAUCUGCUGAAGGGAAUCGUUUGACUGUUCAACACAGACCAACCGCAAAGCAGAAACAUUAUGGGAUUACCGUACCUCUUCAGCUUGUUGGACAAGACUGGAAACCAAUCAGUCAGCUCAAAUCUCAGAGUCAUCCUGCAUCGCUGAAGCUCCUGAUUGAAGCGGAAGGUGAACAGCUGCUCUUGGCUCUGGAGAAAAACGAGGGGCUGUUUGCAAGUAACUAUACAGAAACCCAUUACCUGGAAGAUGGCAGUGCGGUCACAGGCUCUCACAACUUCACGGCAAACUGCUACUACCACGGUGAGGUGGAGGGUCAUGUCAACUCAGAUGUCAGCCUCAGUAUCUGUGCUGGUGUUAAGGGUUUCAUAUCUCUUGAAGGCAAAUCCUAUGUACUGGAACCAUCUGCUGAUCACUCUGAUGGGACUCACUGGAUCUACACAGCUGAACACCUCAAUUUUGCUCCUGGCACCUGUGGCCAUGAUUUCAACAUAUCCCAUCCCAUUGAAUAUGCAGACGGAAGUCCGUUCAGGGCUUUCAGCACAAGGCAUAAACGCCAAGCCCAGAGUACGACCAAGUAUGUGGAGCUGAUCAUUGUGGCUGACAAUAGAGAGUUUCAGAAGCAAGGCAAGGACAUGGAGAAGGUCAAGCAGCGGCUGGCUGAGAUCGCCAAUUACGUGGACAAGUUCUACAGGGCUCUGAAUAUCCGUGUGGCCCUGGUGGGCCUGGAGGUGUGGAAUGAUGUGGACAAGUGUCCCAUCACCCAGGACCCCUUCACGACCUUGCAUGAAUUCCUAGACUGGCGGAAGGUCAAGCUGCUUCCUCAGAAGCCUCAUGAUAACGCCCAGCUGAUCAGUGGGGUCUAUUUCCAGGGCACCACCAUUGGUAUGGCACCCAUCAUGAGUAUGUGCACAGCAGAGCAGUCGGGAGGAAUCGUCAUGGACCAUUCGGACAACCCGCUGGGAGCUGCAGUCACUCUGGCCCACGAGCUCGGACACAACUUUGGAAUGAACCAUGACACGCCUGAAAGGGGGUGUGGCUGCAGAGUGACAGCAGAUCGUGGAGGCUGCAUCAUGACUCCCUCCACUGGGUACCCUUUCCCCACGGUGUUCAGCAGCUGCAGCAAGAAGGACCUGACGGCCAGCUUUGAAAAAGGCGUCGGGAUGUGUCUGUUCAACAUGCCAGAGGUCAAGGUGCUCUAUGGUGGGCAGAAAUGUGGCAAUGGCUACGUGGAGGAGGGAGAAGAGUGUGACUGUGGGGAACUUGAGGAAUGUAUGAAUCCCUGCUGCAAUGCUACUACCUGCACCCUGAAGGGAGAUGCUGUUUGUGCACACGGACAGUGCUGUCAGGACUGUCAGCUGAAACCAGCAGGCACCCCAUGCCGUGAAUCCAGUAACUCUUGUGACCUCCCUGAGUUCUGCACCGGUACAAGCCCUCACUGCCCCUCCAACGUCUACCUGCAUGAUGGCCACACCUGCCACAACGUGGACGGCUACUGUUAUAACGGCAUCUGUCAGACUCACGAACAGCAGUGUAUCACCCUGUGGGGCCAAGGAGCAAAGCCAGCUCCAGGAAUCUGCUUUCAAAGGGUAAACUCUGCAGGAGACCCCUAUGGCAACUGUGGCAAGGACUCCAAAGGCUCCUUUGCCAAAUGUGAAGUGCGAGAUGCUAAAUGUGGCAAAAUCCAGUGUCAAGGAGGAGCUAACCGCCCAGUAAUUGGCACCAACGCUGUUUCCAUAGAAACAAACAUCCCCUUGCAGGAUGGCGGAAGGAUACUGUGCCGAGGUACACAUGUCUACUUGGGUGAUGACAUGCCCGACCCCGGCCUGGUCCUGACGGGGACCAAGUGUGGAGAUGGAAUGAUGUGUCUGAAUCGUCAGUGCCAGAACGUCAGUGUUUUUGGUGUGCAUGAGUGCUCAGCCAAGUGCAGCGGUCGAGGGGUGUGCAACAACAACAAAAACUGUCACUGUGAGGCUCACUGGGCGCCUCCUUUCUGUGACAAGGCAGGUUUGGGAGGGAGCGUGGACAGUGGCCCCAUCAGAUUAGCAGACAGCAGGAAUCUGACAGUGGGCAUCCUUGUUGCUCUCCUCACUGUCCUUGGAGCUGGCCUGAUUAUCUGCAUCAAGAGAAAAACUCUACUGGGGCUGCUGUUCACCAGUAAAAAGAACCCAAUUGAGAAGCUUAGAUCUGUAAGCGCUGCAAUCAGCAGACCCUCCGCUCCUAACCAGCCUCCAUCAGUGAGCACGGCGUCUCCAUCUCGGCCUGCCCCGCCUCUGCCGCACAACGCCACCAUCUUCAAGCCUCCUCAUCAGGGGCCAGAGGCUGCGCUCCCGCCGGCCCCUUACCCCUCCCACAGCCUGCGCAGACUGCCCCAGUGCCCUCCAGUUCACCUCAGCCACCCUGUCCCUCUGUCUCUCACCCUGUCUCUCUCUCCUGGACCUGUACAGCCAAGACCCCCGGUGCCUCCACCUCACAUCCAUGUAGCGCCCAGGGUGGCGUCGUUUCGCAGUGCGUCACGCCAUAACUCCUGCAGGAUGGUCAUGGAGUUGGAGAAACCCAGCCCUCCUCAGAAACCCCUUCCUGCUGAUCCAAGGAGUUCUCGUCCAGUUCGAAGUCCCUCUAGAGUGCAGGGUCACAAAGUAGUCCAAGGGCCUUCUGCUGUUUGUGGUCCUGCACCAGUACAUGGUGUACCCAGACCUGUGCGCCCUGUCCCACAUCCCAAAAGACCGAGUCCCAAGCAACCUCCAACACUACCAAAGCCUUGCAUAAUUGCCAACGUCAAAUACAGCAGUUGAGACUUUGGCCAGAAGGGACAUUGUUGUGAUAAGACACAAAGAAAUUUGCACUAUGAAAACUCUGAAAACCUUACAAAAAAGAUGAUGGCAUCUCUGAGUUUUGAAUCAGGAGAUCUGCCGUGUCCCUUUUGGUGCUCUGUCUCUGAAUGGUGCUACGAGUCUGAGCUCAGGUACAUGUAAAGUAUUUAUAUUCUGUAUUUAUUGCCACGCAGUGCACUGUGCCAGACGCUUUUACUACACGGUAGCAACUUUUGAAUUUUUGUUUGCAUUAGUUUCACACAUUUCUUUUUCUUGUCAACUGAUUUUUUUAUCGAAGAGAGUACCAGGAGGUUUUUUUAAAAAAAUGAAAAGGCGAGAUUGCAGAAAUGUUUUUAUGAAAUGUGUUUUAAUGAAGGGAACCCUUUACGUUAUGGUUUUGUUCUGUACACUACAGAAGACGUUGGAAAAAGAGUAUUGUGCAAUGACAGAUGCAAACAGAGCAAGCUUCAGAAAACAUUUGUAGUUCAUUUGGAACCCAACAGGGGUUUUUCUUAAAGGGUAAUGCCCUUAGCAGCUUUGAGCCAGUCUGACAAGGCUUGAAACAACCACUGGAAAGGAAAAAGUGGUUUUACUGCAACAGUUCUGUAACCGGGGGAAAGAGGGGCUUGUUUUCAGGACAGUUGAAGUUCAGGUCUGUUUCCUCUGCAUUUAUAUUUGGGAAAGGUAACAAGAUAAAUUGUGAAAUGUCACUGAUUUGCCAUUUCUGUUUCAUUAACAAGCCCCAAGAAGCUCACUUGAGGGAUCUGGGUACUGAGGUAUGAACUGAACAAGGAUCUAAAAUGAGCUGAGAUCAAGGAAGCGUUCAUCCCGCAGAGAGAGUAAACUUCUCUGAAAUAUCGCUCUGCUAAAGGUCAUGUGUGUUUUUGAGUAUUUUCCUCCGUGCCUGUCUACACUGAGGACUCUGUGUGAAACUCUGUGAUUAAAUCUAUGGACUUUUUCUUGACGCUGUAAACAGCCAGUGUCUGGCUGCAGUGUUCAUGUGUGGAUAUUUGAAAUCUGUGUGACGGGAAACGACAGAUGCACUUGAAGGACACAUCUGCCACUGAGAUGAAGUUUGGUGGUUACUCGGUGUACACUGAGCCACUAAUAACUGCAGCAGUUAUUCAUUUUCUAUGUUUUUGUACCUUUUUAAUUUCUCUAACGGAGGUUAGUUUUUUUAAAGCCAAUCUACAUGCCUGAUAUAAGCAUCAGCCUAAUUAGAGGACAAGAUAAGAUAGACUUUAAUCAUCCCACACUAGGGAAAUUCACUUCUUACAGUAGCUCAUAUACACAAGGUUGACAAUAAAUUAUUUACAAGUAAGAAAAUAUAUAGAAAAUGUCGUUAAGUCGGGCUGAAGAAGUCUGACAGCUGAUGGACCUGCGGUAGCGCCUCCUUCUGACAUGGUGGGAGUAGCAGUCUGUUGCUGAAAGAGCUGCCUGCACAGUUAUGAUGGAUGUCAGCUUUGUCUAUGGAGUCUAGGGGGCAGUCCAAGACAGAGCUGGCCCUUUUGACCAGUUUGUUGAGUCUUUUCCUGUCUGUUCUCUGUCCCCCUCCCUAGCAGACGACUGCAUAGAAUAACGCAGAUGCCACCACAGGGUCAGAAAAGGUUUUUAAACAGAGUCCUGCACACUCCAAAGGACCUCAGUCUCCUCAGUAAGUGGAGACAAUUUGACCCUCCUUGUACAAGGACGCCUGACCAGUCCAGUUUGUUGUUAAGGUGAACACACAGAUGCUCACCACCAUCUUGGUAUCCAAUCCCUGGAUGUGUUCACGAGUGUGGUCUGAUGGUGGUACUCAUAGUAACUGAACAGUGUUUUAUUCAUUUUGCAGAAUUAUUGUUUUACCGCAUUGCAAUACAGCGUAUAUACAUUCACACCGAGCAGCAGUUUCCUUUAAGCACAGCUCUUCUUCACAAAUAUGUAGGCUAAAAAAAAAAACUGAUUUUGGACUUUUGUUACUUUUGAUACUUUUUAAUACUGCACUAGUUUUACAUCCAUCGCUUUGUUUACUUUGCUUUUUCAAUGUGUCCCAUGUACAAAUAAGACAGUAUCUGAGUCCUGUCACCUGACUGUGCAUCAUGUCCAAAUGUUACAUAUUACGUGUUGUGUUACAGGUGAACACAUUUCCAUAGUGAAUGCUUUCUUUCUUUUUUCUUUUUUUUUUUUAUAUAAUGAUUGUUUGAUACAUCAUAUGUAAAGAAAACACUUGUCUGUUCAUGGUAUUUUGAACACUUCAGCAGUAUUAGUAAAACUGUU